ACACAGCAUUGCUAAGGAGACCACCGCCCUGUGCAGAUUCCAUCUCCACGCCAUAUAAGCCCGCUACUUGUCUGAAAGCUCACUGCCAGGGAAGAAGAGAAGGGGCUCACUUCAGGGGGCAGAGAUGAACUCCAUGGCUAUCCCCAUACAGACGGAGAUGGUAGAGCUGGUGCCGAAUGGGAAACACUCGUCUUUAAAUGCCUCCUCCAUCCCCUCCGUGGGGAAUGACAGAUUUGAUGACAACCAGCCAGAGAUGGAGGAGUUCCUUCCACACGGUGCUGAAAAGAAACAGACCCUUUUCACAGAUUUUGAAGGAAAGACCUCUUUCGGGAUGUCCGUCUUCAACCUCAGCAAUGCCAUCAUGGGCAGCGGGAUCCUCGGUCUGGCAUAUGCCAUGGCGAACACUGGUAUCCUCUUAUUUCUAUUCCUUUUGACUGCUGUAGCUCUGCUGUCCAGCUACUCUAUCCACUUGCUGCUCAAAUCCUCAGGGAUUGUCGGAAUCCGAGCCUACGAACAGCUGGGCUACAGGGCUUUUGGAACUCCAGGGAAAUUGGCAGCUGCCGUUGCCAUCACACUUCAGAAUAUUGGAGCCAUGUCCAGCUACCUGUACAUUGUGAAGUCUGAAGUGCCUCUCGUCAUCCAGACCUUCCUCAACCUGGAGGAGAAAACAACGGACUGGUACAUGAAUGGGAACUAUCUAGUCAUCAUGGUCUCUGUCAGUAUCAUCCUCCCCCUGGCCCUCAUGAAACAACUGGGUUAUCUUGGUUACGCCAGUGGUUUCUCCCUCAGCUGCAUGGUGUUCUUCCUUAUUUCGGUCAUAUACAAGAAGUUCAACAUUCCCUGUCCUCUUCCUGACCGGGUCAACACCACCGUCAGCCUCAAUUACACACCAGUCAGCAUGAACAACAAUGAGGAUGGACAAGCAAUGGAAGACGGCAUCUGCUCUUCGAGCUUGUUCACCCUCAACUCUCAGACAGCCUAUACCAUCCCCAUCAUGGCAUUUGCUUUUGUGUGUCACCCUGAGGUCCUGCCUAUCUACACUGAGCUGAAAGACCCAACCAAGAAGAAGAUGCAGUGCAUCUCCAACAUCUCCAUCGCUGUCAUGUACAUCAUGUACUUCCUGGCUGCCCUUUUUGGCUACCUCACUUUCUAUGGCCAGGUGGAAUCAGAGCUGCUACAUACCUACAGCAGAGUAGAUCCGUUUGAUGUGCUGAUCCUGUGUGUGCGGGUGGCUGUGCUGACUGCUGUGACACUGACGGUACCCAUUGUUCUCUUCCCGGUACGCCGGGCAAUUCAGCAGAUGCUGUUUCAAGACAAGGAAUUCAGCUGGAUUCGGCACACCAUAAUUGCUAUCAUACUGCUGACCUCCAUCAACUUGCUUGUCAUUUUUGCUCCUUCCAUCCUGGGCAUCUUUGGACUGAUUGGUGCCACGUCGGCCCCCUGCCUGAUAUUCAUCUUCCCAGCAAUAUUCUACAUCCGUAUCAUGCCCAAGGACAAGGAACCCACGAAAUCCCCUCCCAAGAUCCUGGCAGCCCUCUUUGCAUGCCUUGGCGUGCUCUUCAUGAUCAUGAGCCUCAGCUUCAUCAUCACCGACUGGGCAUCGGGUGGCGGGAAGAGCGGAGGCAGUCACUAGACAAGGCCCGGACCCUCACAACUGUGGAUCAACGCCUUGGGAGAACUCGGCCAGCUUUGAUACAUUUCCUGCUCCCCUACCUCUGCUAGUACUGUGCCGUAAUUUAGUCCACAGCUCCGCUCUGAGCCAAGGGGGCGCUGUUCCGUUACUCAGUUCCUACACGCAACCCCAUUGAGCCAGGGGGGCUGCUGCUGGCUAGACCAAGCCGGAAACCAGUUCCUAAACUUUUUGAGCAUUUGUUUUGAUCUCACUGUCUGGGGUGGGCCAGAUCAACGGCGCCUGAGGAACAGGCAAAUGAGGGAAAUAGGCCAAUCCAGAGGGGUGGGAGGGUUGUUGUGGGAUGUCUGUCCUUAUAUGUCCAGUAUGUCUAGCCCAGCCGGAAGGCAACUGGAGAGUCAAGGGUAGAAACAGGAGGAAAUUGGGGGAGGGGACUGUGGCUAAAGAGCCUGAGAGUAGAGUGUUUGCCUGAGGCUCACCACUGGCAAGGAAACUGGGGCCAGGCCUUCCUACAGAGUUACAGUACUGGGGCUACAAAUUGGAAGUAAAUGCUUCCAGACAGGGAGAGACGGGCAGAAUGUUUCUGUUUGGUUUUUAAAGUCUUAAUAGCCUCCGCCCCUGCCACCCACAGGGCUUUUGUCCCUCUCACAAGUUGCUUCCUGAGCCCUUGUUCCUUGGUGGGGGAAGUGGGAGUUCUUCCCUCAGACUUGGUCCUGAUCCCUCUGCUAGGGUGUGAGCCUUACGAUGAGCCUCAUGAUCAACGCUCCUCUCUCAGGGCAAGGGGAUGCUCAGGGCAGAGGCCACGGAGGCCUUGCUCUCUCCCAUCUUUGCGCAGCUACCUGUUCCACACAAAACACAUGCAAACAAGUAUGGCCUCAUCGCCAUCGCUAAGGUGGCCACAGGUCUUGGAACUGGAUGGCUGGCGGGUGGGUGGGAAGCGAUUUGGAGAUGUCGGCCUUUCUGAACUGUCGGUUGGGGUGGGGUGCAGGUUUACACUGGCUUUCCUUAGUGCAUGCCUGAACUUCGCUUAGGGAGGUGAAGCAGAGAGGGUUGGGAUUUUGGGCAACCGGUUAGCUGUGAGCAACAGAGCUCUUCCUCCUUCAUACAAAGCUGAAGGUGGGAUGGGAGGCAAGCCUGUGUCAGCGAUAUCAAAUCCCUGUUUCUGUCUCCUCAUUCCAUUAGGUAAUGGCAAGA